AUCUGGGCGAACACUGCUCUCUUUGAUCACGCAGUCGAUAUGGCGCAAUCAGUCGAUACCACGCCGGCUGCGGGUAAGGGUUCAGGACGGGGCAUCGAUCAUGGGUUCGACUCGCGCGAGUAUGCGGCGUUUGAAGCUUACAUUGCCUCCAACGCGUCGGCACCGGGGCUGGACGAGUCGGUCGAGCCGCCCGAGGUGGUGACAGCAGCGGCGAGGGUUGUUGCGAAAUGGCUCCGCGAUGCACAGGGCAAGGCGGUGGUGCUGACUGGUGCAGGCGUAUCGACUGGGCCAGGCGCUGCGUUGCCUACCUACCGUGGGCCUGAUGGUGUGUGGACCCGAAGGAUCCGUAACUCGCUGAAGCUCGAAGAAGGUUCCGAGUCGGACGCGGCGACGGAUGCGGCGGACGACGACGAUGGAUCCGGCAUUGCUGGUGUACUGGCAUCUGCAGAGCACAAGCCGCAGCCAACGCUCACCCAUCGUGGGUUGACAGCACUUGUUGAUGCCGGUCUCAUCGGCUGCGUGGCUACAACCAACGUUGACGGCCUCCAUGCCGCGGCAGGCCUCGUUCGCGGUUCAAACUAUGCCGAGCUCCACGGAUCGCUGUACGUUGAGGCGUGCAGCGCGUGCGGGGCCGAGCUUUGCCACAAUCCGCUCGUUGAUGCCCCGCUUCAGACGGUUGAGCCCGAGACCCGUGCCACCGGUACGUCGUGCAAGGCGUGUGGUGGGGCGAUGGAGGCCACGCUCGUCGGCUUCUUCGACACCCACCAGUCAGUUCCGUCGAUGGAGCAACAGUUUGAGCUCGCUUGGGUGGCUGCUGCCACCGCCGACCUUAUGAUCGUCCUCGGCUCGUCGCUCUCGGUCGAGACAACUCUGCCUGGCUACACCCUCGAGAACGGCGGGCGGCUGGUCAUCGUCAACCUCCAGCCCACCCAUCUUGACGAUCAGGCCACCCUGGUUGUUCACGCUCGCAGCGACGACUUUGUGGCCGAUCUGCAGGUGGCAUUGGAGCUUCCUGUGUGCGCCACACGAUGAGCAAUGUGGCAAUGCUAUCGUAGAGUUUCCCCGCACGCUGAGCUGCAUCAGCCAGCCAAUUGUCGCUUGAGCACGCCGGGCAAGAUGGAGGACCUGGGCUUCAAACACCACAUCCGUUGGUUCGACCAUUCUCACAGGGGAAUCAUGUUGUAGACGUUAUCGGGCGAUGUGAUGUGUCCGUAGAGAAUGCCGGUGAGAGCACGGAGGUCGGCCUGGCCAUCCUUGAUGUUGAAAAACGCCCCAUGGAGAAG